UCGUCACGUUGGGAAGAGAAGGAGGAAGUAAAAAAAGAGUGAAGUGGACAGAAGUGUGAGCCCGACUGUCAUUUAACGCUGUUACUUCACUGCUACUUUACCCGCUGAGCACCAUGGCUGAAGCAGACAUUGCACUGAUUGGUUUGGCUGUCAUGGGCCAAAACCUCAUCAUGAAUAUGAAUGACCACGGCUUUGUGGUCUGUGCUUACAACCGAACCGUGUCGAAGGUGCAUGACUUCCUGAAUAAAGAGGCAAAGGGCUCCAAGGUGAUUGGGGCAGAGUCUCUGGAAGACAUGGUGUCCAAGCUGAAGAAGCCCAGGAGGAUCAUCCUGCUUGUCAAGGCCGGACAGGCUGUGGACGACUUCAUUGAUAAGCUGGUUCCUCUCCUCGAGGCUGGAGAUAUCAUCAUCGACGGUGGCAACUCUGAAUACAGAGACACAACACGGCGGUGUAAGAGCAUGAAAGAGAAAGGCCUGCUGUUUGUCGGCAGUGGGGUCAGUGGUGGAGAGGAAGGGGCUCGUUAUGGACCUUCACUCAUGCCAGGAGGACAUAAAGAGGCCUGGCCACACAUAAAAGACAUCUUCCAGAGCAUCGCCGCCAAAGUCGGAACAGGAGAACCUUGUUGUGACUGGGUUGGAGAUGAGGGUGCAGGUCAUUUUGUGAAAAUGGUCCAUAAUGGCAUUGAGUAUGGCGACAUGCAGCUGAUUUGUGAGGCCUACCACCUGAUGAAGGAUGUUCUGGGCAUGGACCAUGAUGAGAUGGCACAGGCUUUCGACAGCUGGAACAAGACAGAGUUGGACUCCUUCCUUAUUGAGAUCACGGCUAACAUCUUUAAAUACCGGGACUCUGAUGGUACACAUCUGCUGCCCAAGAUCCGCGACAGUGCUGGACAGAAAGGCACAGGGAAGUGGACGGCCAUUUCAGCCCUGGAGUACGGCACACCUGUGACUCUGAUCGGGGAAGCUGUCUUUGCCAGAUGCCUGUCCUCUCUCAAGGAUGAGAGAGUGGAGGCCAGCCGCAGCCUUUCAGGGCCACAGGGGGUCAAAUUCAGUGGUGACAAGGCCGCCUUCCUGGAGGACAUCAGAAAGGCUCUGUACGCCUCCAAGAUCAUUUCCUACGCACAGGGCUUCAUGCUGCUGCGGCAGGCAGCCAAAGAAUUCUGCUGGUCCCUGAACUACGGCGGGAUCGCUCUGAUGUGGAGAGGAGGCUGCAUUAUCAGAAGCGUCUUCCUGGGUAAAAUCAAAGAGGCGUUCGACAGAGACGCUGAGCUGCAGAACUUGCUGCUGGACUCUUUCUUCAGCAACGCUGUGCAGGACUGUCAGGAGUCAUGGCGCAGAACAGUCAGCACUGGAGUUCAGCACGGCAUCCCGAUGCCCUGCUUCACCACAGCUCUGUCCUUCUUUGAUGGUUACAGACAUGAAAAGCUGCCAGCCAACCUCUUGCAGGCCCAGAGAGAUUACUUUGGAGCCCACACAUAUGAACUGCUGUCAAAGCCUGGAACUUUCAUCCACACCAACUGGACAGGCCACGGAGGAAAUGUCUCCUCCUCGUCCUACAAUGCUUAAGGUUCAUCUUCACGCGACUGAAAAACACAAAAAAGAUGAAAGUUUUCUGUGAGAGAAGCCAUGUUACACAUUCCAUCUUUAUAACCACGCCUCAAUAUUUAAGAGCCACUCCCCCAAAAAUCACCUUUAUCUGUCUUUUACUCCUCUCAAAGACGUGCUGUUGCAGUUUUUAUUUAUCAAGAAGUGAAAUUAUAAAUUAUGUGGGGUCAUACACCCUGUGUGUUUUGGCUUUGCGACUUUUAUUACAGUCACAAGAGGAAGGAGCAACAAAGCGUUCACUCCAUCUGGAUACUGUGGACAUUCUGCUGUCUGUCAGGCUAAUGUUCACCAGUCAUGUUAGGCCCAGGGUUCACCGUGUUAAUACUGGAUUAAGUUGAACCAUUGCACUGUACUGUGUUAGGCUAAAUAAAGAUUUCAAUCCCUUUAUAA